AUGGAUCUGCAGAUCACCUCCCUUGUCUGGGGUAUUACGCUAGGAGUGGGUUUCCUGACAACUUGGAAAGCCAUCAAGCAAACAACAUCAAUCCAGCGACGCUAUGGGUUCUGCAAGUUGAACACUCCUUACAUCUGGAUGAUUUGGUUCGAGAUACUCGCGUGUCUGGGCUUUUCGAUAAUGUCAUGGCUGUAUCUCAAUAAAUAUCUAAAACCAAGUUUUGCGUUUUUCUUCACCAUCCUUACUCUUGGCACUUUACAAAUACACCUGCUCUUCCAGAUCCUGGUUAACAGGAUCUCCCUUCUCCUCAUGAAUCAUCGAAAGGAAAAUAGAAUCCGGCUAUUGGUGGCUCUACUCGCAGCCUGCGUUGCCAUCUCGGUGUAUUGCGUUUGGAUACCUGCACAACUUCAAGUUUCGGAAAAAUACAGACGUCUCAAUAGGAUCUGGGAUCGGAUUGAAAAGGGCUUGUAUCUUUUAAUUGAUUUGGCCCUCAACUCGUACUUUGUUCGGACUGUUCAGACAAGACUCGUGAAUCAAGGUAUCGUCAAAUACAAAAGACUAGUCCACUUCAAUAUGUGGAUGGUUGGACUCUCAAUUGCAACCGACAUCCUUAUUAUCGCUAUGAUGAGUUUGAAGAACUCUUUCGCAUAUAUGCAGUUCCACCCUCUAGCUUAUAUAAUCAAGCUCAACAUCGAAAUCUCUAUGGCAGAGCUCCUCGUGAAGAUAGCAAAGACUUCUGUCAACAACAAGAUUGGAGAUUGUUAUGAACGUCCGAACGCGCAAUCUAUGCAGGCGGUUGAAAGCACAUCGCACCGUAACUCGAUUGUCUCUUCUGCAAGCGGCAGCAGUUCCAUCAAAGACUGGGAACUGUCGUCUUCUGACUCGUCCUCCUCACCAUUCGACGUCGAAUCGAUUGAAGCAUAUAAUAGCAUACAAGCUCCUGGUGAUGUAUGCUUCGAGUUCGACGGGCUAGGUGACGUGAACAUGGAUAAAGAGGCACCCAAAGACAGAUUCGGAUAUAUUGAUGGACAUGUCUAUGAAAUGGAAUCACCCCGCCGCGUUUUCUCGUCGGCGGGGCUGUGGUCAGGAACAGGGGAAGCUGGGAGCAGUUUGAAAGAAAUUGCAUGGAGGUUAGGCGCUGUGAAGGGUACAAUCAGCUCUAUGGGAGUAAAAGAAAAACUUUAA